CUCUCUCUGUGUCUCUCUCUACGGAGAGUGACCUGACCUUGAAAUGGGUUUGAAACUCAUUGGCGUAAAACAGCUCUGAGCCUUCAAUUCCUCCAAACUUUCAAAUCCAUAAUUAUUUAACACAGAAAAAGAAAAGAAAAAAAAGGAAGGAAAAUGAAAAAUACCAAAAGUUCCGUAGUUUGAAUCCGACAGAUCCAGUUCGGAUCCUCCGAUCCGUUGUCAGCAUCUUCAUUACCCUCUCUAUCUCUCUCGCGUAGAUCUUUCAAAGCUUCUAAGCAAAUCUCUGUGGCUAAAAUCAAUGGAGAUUUGAUCAUUGCACGCUUUUCGAGUGUUCUUGGAUUGAUGGACUCGGAUAAUCUUGUACCCAUUGAUGGGCUUGAGACAAACCAUCAGAAUGGCGUGCAUGAGCACCUCCCUGCUUCUGGAGAGGAUGGUAAUGUUCUAGAUAAUGUAAAUGGGACUGUCUGUAAAAGUUCAGGGACUGCAGUGCCAAAUGGGAAUAUAGAGAAUGUUGUCAAAUUGGAUGGUGAUGCAACUGUUAACUCAUUUACUGGGGAAAUCAAUGAGGGAUCAAAUGUUCCCUCAACAUCUAAGGACGGGGAAGUGAAAAAUGCACAUCAUUCAAAGAAAUUCAACCCUCAUAAGGCUCAAGGCAAGAGCAAAAAUGAGAAGCUCCCAAGCCUGAAAACUACUUCAGCAGCUUCGGUUGUGAAGAACAAUGAUGGAAAAGAUGUCGACCUAACAUCUACUUCAAAUGGUUCAGUUGGUUUGAAUUCGCGCCCAAAACAGCCCUCUAAAAGCAGCUCAUUCAAUGACAGGCAGGUUCAGUUAUCCAAGCAAUCUGGAAAGUCUGAUGCAGUGUUGUCUGAAGUGGGCAUGGAUAAGGCAAAACUGAAGCCCUUGAAAAAGGGAUCUGGUAGUAAAGUUGAAGACGCAGAACCUUCCUUAAGUCCCACAGGAGGAGAUGACAAACCUCGCAAGGUUGGUAUGCUCCCAAACUAUGGUUUCAGCUUUAGGUGUGAUGAACGAGCCGAGAAACGAAAAGAGUUCUACACUAAACUCGAAGAAAAGAUUCAUGCAAAGGAAUUAGAGAAGAAUAACUUGCAAGCCAAAUCCAAGGAAACACUAGAAGCUGAGAUUAAGAUGCUCAGGAAGAGUUUGACCUUUAAAGCGACACCCAUGCCAAGCUUCUACCAGGAGCCUCCGCCUCCUAAGGUGGAGUUGAAGAAGAUACCAACAACAAGAGCUAAAUCUCCCAAGCUUGGCCGAAAGAAGAGCUUUGAGGCUGAAGGGAACAGUGGCAGUGUUAGGACAGGUCGGCUAAGUCUGGAUGAGAAAAUUUCCAAGGAAAACCCUGCCAGAGGUCUUUCUCCCAUCCAACCAAAGAAGCCCCAAAGAAAGUCUCUUCCUAGACUACCUUCUGAAAAGACCACUUCAUCCAAUGCAACUAAUGCAGAAAAAAUUACUUCAUCUAAAGCUACACAUGGGGAAAAUACCGCCUUAUCCCAUUCAAAGAAUGAAGAAAAGACCACCUUGCGCAAUGCAACAAAUGAAGUGGAGAUUGCUGUAUCCAGUGUAACAAACGGUCCUUCUCCAUCCAUUGCUCAAGAGGAGGCGGCAGUUCCCACAGCUGAGGCAGGUGAAACUCAGGCACAUAAAGAUUAUGUGGUAGAAGAGCAGCCUCAACCCACCUUGAUUCAAGAACCGACACCAUUGGCGCACUAAACAAAAUGCAGCAAAAGAAUGGGAUGUGCGCUUCCGGAGCCCCGUCUAGUUCCUGAAAAUAAGAGGUAUAAGACCUGAAAUUAUUUGACGAUGAAGGCACAAAGGAUUUUCGUUAUGGUUUGUGAUGUCGUCCUGUCCAUAGUCAGCAGCAUUGGUCAUUUUGUGUGCUUGCUUUCACGGUUGAGUUUGCAUUCCAGCUUGCAGCACUGUAUGUAACUAUUUGUCAGGUGGUUGUUACUUUAAUCUAUAAAUUGUUCAAGAAUGCGUUAGUUGUCUGGUCUUUGGAAAUAUUUAGGGAAAAUUUUGGGAGAAUCUGCCAUUAGAUAUAGUUCAGGAUGGAAUAUAUUGUUUGUUUAAAGCCUAUUCUGUUGAACAACUGGGGUAUAAUUGUUAACGAAGGCUGAUUUUGUGUUGGGACUU